UUUGCUUAUUAUGAAUGCUAAAAUUGAUUUAGGCGUUUCAAAAACAAGUUUGGCUCAAUUCAAGGAACGCUUCAAAUCUCUUCACCAGAAAAGGGAGGAAUCCAGAAAAAUAAAUCAUGAACAAGUAGUUGAAGAAGAUAGACGUUCAAAAUUGCCGGCUAAUUUUGAAGCGAAAAGAAGAAGACAAGAAUGGGAAUUGGCAGAACUUGAAGCGAAAAAGAAAGCGGAGGAGAGAGGCGAAGAUUUCGAACGUUUAAAAGCUUUGGAUACACAAGCUGAUGUGGCAGAGAAGAUGGAAACGGCGAAAAGAAGGAAAAAUAAUCCGGACACGGGAUUUGCUAGUUACGAGGCAAUGUCUCUUCGUCAAUAUGAACGUCAAACAAAUUCAAUUAAACCGGACAUGGAGUCUUAUCAAAAAAUGAAAGAAGUUAUAGGAGAAGAACAAUUUUAUCCAUCAGCCAAUACACUCAUCCAAGGUUCUCAUUAUCCAACAGAUAAAGCAUUGGAUCGUCUUUCUGAAGAUGUUCACAAUCAAAUGAAAAAACGAGAUCAAUAUCACCGUAGACGUAUGUUUGAUCCAGAUGCACCUAUCGAUUUUAUUAAUGAACGUAAUCGUAAAUUUAAUCAUAAAUUGGAACGUUAUUAUGGAAAAUAUACUGCAAAUAUUAAAGAAGAUUUGGAACGUGGAACGGCUAUUUAA